AUGGCGGAAAUGCUGCAUGGGCUGUAAAUGGCGAACUAUGUCUUGUGUGUUUGACAAACUGUUUAUUUACCGAGAUGCGAAAUUGUUAUUAUUAAAGGAAAAACGAAAAGGUCUAGUUUGAUGUUAAGUUAGUUAUCGUCUUCAUUUUCAAGGAAACACUGGAAAAGAUCUGCUUUGGGUUGUAAGGUUCAAGGAAAGACUGUUUUUUCAACGGGCAAGCUCUCCACGCCCUGCAACAUGGCUCAGCAGGAGAAAUGGGCCCCGAACACGGAAUGUAUAGCCAAGUUCAACUUUGAGGGCGCUACAGCCGAUGACCUGUCUUUCAAGAAGGGGGAACUUGUGAUCAUUUCAAAAGCAACAAAAGAUCCCAACUGGUAUCGCGCAAGGAAUGAAAAGGGGCAGGAGGGAAUGAUACCAGCUAACUAUGUACAAAAACGUGAAGGUGUCAAACGACAGACCAUGCCGUGGUUCCACGGCAAGAUCAGUCGAGAGAAAGCAGAGGAACUUCUUCAGCCUCGUUCUGACGGCCUCUUCCUGGUCAGGGAGAGUACCAACUUCCCCGGUGACUACACACUGUGUGUUUCUUUCCUUACAACAGUAGAGCACUACCACAUCCUAUAUCAUAAUAAUAAACUCACUAUAGAUGAAGAAAGAUACUUUGAAAAUCUCACCAAAUUAGUUGAGCAUUACGAGUUAGACGCAGAUGGGUUAUGUUCAAGCCUCAAGGUGGCACUACCAAAGAAAGGCGAUCUCAACUACUCGGUCGACUCAAAUGCUUUUGUGCAAUCGGGCUGGUCCAUCAACAGGAAGGACAUUCAUGUGGGGGAUAUCAUCGGCAAAGGCAAUUUUGGAGAUGUAAGACAAGGCACGUACAUGGGAAGAAAAGUAGCAAUCAAACAACUUAAAGAUGACAGUAAAGCGGCUCAGACAUUCCUUGCUGAAGCAUCAGUCAUGACGGAAUUACGGCAUCCUAAUCUUGUACAGUUACUUGGAGUAGCGUUACCCAGCGGUGGGAGCCCCAUGUUUAUAGUCCUAGAAUAUUUAGAGAAGGGCAAUUUAGUAGAUUAUUUAAGAUCUCGAGGGAGAACGGUUAUCAAGCAGCCUCAGCUACUACACUUUGCCAUUCAUGUGGCCUCAGCCAUGGCAUACCUGGAGGCACAAAACAUUGUCCACCGAGACCUCGCAGCGAGAAACGUCCUCAUCUCGGAGACCGACGAUGCCAAAGUGGCGGAUUUUGGUCUGUCCAAAGAAGCGGCUGUCACUCAGCAAGGAAUCAAGUUUCCUAUUAAGUGGACAGCUCCGGAGGCCCUUAGGAGAAACGAGUUUUCCGUUAAGUCAGAUGUAUGGAGUUUCGGAAUUCUUAUAUGGGAGUUGUACUCAUUUGGAAAAUUACCCUAUCCAAAACUUAAUCUAACCGUAGUUGUUGAGCAUAUAGAGAAAGGUUACCGCAUGACGGCACCGGAGAGCUGCCCGGAUCUCAUCUACAAGAUAAUGCAGCAAUGCUGGGAUAUUGAGCCCAGGAAGAGACCAACGUUUGCUUGUAUCCUGAAGACGAUCAAAAGUUUACAAAGGCCCCUCUAACAGGCCACGAGGGUAGGUUAUUUAGAUAUAGAGGGUGCAGGAAUAGUAUCUUGAAAAAGGCUGAUCUGUGGCCAGUGCCCAAUUUCAUGACUCUGCUUACCGUAGGCAAAGAAUCUGCGCUUGCGAAGUAGGGAACUCUUUGCUAACCUCCAGCCUAUUUCACAGGUUAGCGGUGAAGUUUGGCUUGUGCGCCUGCGUACUCUACGUUACUAGGCAUUCUACGCUUACACAGCUAGCGCAGAAAUUUGGUGCUUGCCGUGCAAGCAAUGCAAGCGGAGAAUGCUGAACGUAAGCACAGAAUUCGAUGGUAAGCAGAGCCAUAAGAUUGGGCCCGUCUGUACUUAACAAUUUAGUCAGGUUAACACCCAAAGGUGACACUCUGAGGUGUCUGUGUGAUUUGAAACACAGGUGUGAGUGUUGUUAAAGCUUCAAGGUACCAUACACAAUUGGUUUUGGGGCGUGUGAAUUCUUUUCAAAACUUAGUUUUCAUUGUACUCCCUAACGAUGAGAAUUGCAUCAAAUUUUGUGCUUAUAUUCAACAAGAACAAGGGUCCCAUUUUACGCAGCUGUUCAAGCACCAAAAUGCAGCUUAGCACAACAGAAUUGUACUUACCAUAAUACAACAUACAUUGUACAACAUCUCUGACUGAUAUCCUGAUUCUUUUUGCUUAUUUUUGCUUAUUUUGAGUCAGAAAGUAAUUCUCAGGAUAUUCUGGACCGGUAUAAAUAAAAAAGUGGUGAGAUUUCAUUAACGACACUAGACACUCAUCACCAAUCGUGUACCAUACCUUUAAGCAUGCAGCUAUGCUGAGCAAAUAACAUACAUGCUUAGCAGAAACAAGUCACCAGCUAAAAUGCCAUGUUGUUUAUAAAUUAAUAUAUUGCUUGUGGCUGGUCCCACAUUGAAUUUUGAAUUGAAUUCAUUCAAGCAUUACUCUCAGUUUGGCUGUUCUUGGAUAUGGAAGAGAGACUCAAGGUUUUGGGUACUUUUUAUGUAACACAAAAUACAAUGACCACAGACUUGUAUUAAACUUCCACGGUUUGAAGAUAAUGGUGGUAGAAAGCUUCUUUUAAAGCAUUGGACCCUUUCGGUAAACAGUAUUGU